CGAAACCCCCGUGUUAACCGCACACAUCCAGCCUCAGACCAAAGUAGUCUCUCCGUCUGCCGCUUGUUGUGCUCGCCGCCUGAGCCUCGGGCAGGGGGCGGAAGGAAAGGCGGCUACGUCUCCUCCUCCUCCUCGACGCUAGCGCGGCUUAUGGCGACGCUGGGCACAUCCGGGCUUUUCUUCCUUCGGCGGCCGCCGCCGCCGCCGCCGCUGUUCUGACCCUCGUCCAGCCCAACUCCAUUAGCGGCUGCUGCGCUGCGCUGCGCACCCCAACCCCGUCAGGGAGGGCUGCGGGGAACGGGGCGCCGAGUUCCCGAAGUAUCCCACGGGGUGACAUGUCCAACCAAGGGGUCCGGAGGAAUGGGCCCGUCAAGCUACGACUGACAGUUCUCUGUGCGAAAAACUUGGUGAAAAAGGAUUUUUUCCGGCUUCCUGAUCCAUUUGCCAAAGUUGUGGUUGAUGGAUCUGGCCAGUGCCAUUCUACAGAUACUGUGAAGAAUACCCUGGAUCCAAAGUGGAAUCAGCAUUAUGACCUAUACAUUGGAAAGUCAGACUCGAUAACAAUCAGCGUAUGGAACCAUAAGAAAAUCCAUAAAAAACAGGGAGCUGGUUUUCUGGGCUGUGUAAGACUUCUUUCCAAUGCUAUCAACCGCCUUAAAGACACUGGUUAUCAGAGGUUGGAUCUAUGCAAGCUUGGACCAAAUGACAAUGAUACUGUUAGAGGACAGAUAGUAGUAAGUCUUCAGUCCAGAGACCGGAUAGGCAUGGGAGGUCAGGUUGUGGAUUGCAGUAGGCUGUUUGACAAUGAUUUACCUGAUGGUUGGGAAGAAAGGCGGACAGCUUCUGGAAGGAUUCAGUAUUUAAAUCACAUUACACGAACAACACAGUGGGAGCGACCAACACGGCCAGCAUCAGAAUAUUCCAGUCCAGGUCGACCUCUGAGCUGCUUUGUGGAUGAGAACACUCCCAUUACAGUUAUAAAUGGAGCAACAUGUGGACAGUCAUCUGAUCCCAGACUAGCAGAGAGAAGGGUGAGGUCUCAAAGGCACCGGAAUUAUAUGAGCAGGACCCAUCUACAUACUCCUCCAGAUUUACCUGAAGGAUAUGAGCAAAGAACAACUCAACAAGGGCAGGUGUAUUUCUUACAUACUCAGACUGGUGUGAGCACGUGGCAUGAUCCACGAGUACCUAGGGAUCUUAGCAACAUCAAUUGCGAAGAGCUUGGUCCUUUGCCACCUGGAUGGGAGAUCCGAAAUACAGCAACAGGCAGAGUUUAUUUUGUAGACCAUAACAACAGAACAACGCAGUUCACAGAUCCACGGCUAUCAGCUAACUUGCACCUUGUUCUAAACCGUCAGAACCAACUCAAAGAUCAACAGCAGCAGGAAGUGGUAUCAUUGUGCCAGCUUCCAGAUGAGGCAGAAUGUUUGACUGUUCCAAGGUACAAGCGUGACCUUGUACAGAAGCUCAAGAUUCUAAGGCAAGAGCUCUCCCAGCAGCAGCCCCAAGCUGGACACUGUCGUAUUGAAGUCUCCAGGGAGGAAAUAUUUGAGGAAUCUUACAGGCAAGUCAUGAAGAUGAGGCCUAAAGACCUGUGGAAGAGAUUAAUGAUAAAAUUUCGUGGGGAAGAAGGUCUCGAUUACGGAGGAGUUGCCAGGGAAUGGCUGUAUUUGCUGUCCCAUGAAAUGCUGAAUCCAUACUAUGGAUUGUUCCAAUAUUCACGUGAUGACAUCUAUACACUACAGAUAAAUCCAGAUUCUGCUGUUAACCCGGAACACUUAUCCUACUUCCACUUUGUUGGACGAAUUAUGGGUAUGGCUGUGUUUCAUGGACAUUACAUUGAUGGAGGCUUCACAUUGCCCUUUUAUAAGCAAUUGUUAGGGAAGCCAAUUACACUGGAUGACAUGGAAUUAGUAGAUCCAGAUCUUCACAACAGCUUAGUGUGGAUACUGGAGAAUGAUACUACAGGCGUUUUGGACCAUACAUUCUGCGUGGAACAUAAUGCAUAUGGUGAAAUCAUACAGCAUGAACUGAAACCCAAUGGAAAAAGUAUUCCUGUCACAGAGGAGAAUAAAAAAGAAUAUGUAAGGCUUUAUGUAAAUUGGCGAUUUUUACGAGGAAUUGAGGCUCAGUUUCUGGCUCUGCAGAAGGGAUUUAAUGAAGUAAUCCCACAACAUCUGCUCAAGACAUUUGAUGAAAAGGAAUUAGAGCUCAUAAUUUGUGGCCUUGGGAAGAUAGAUGUUAAUGACUGGAAGGCCAACACCAGGUUAAAACACUGCACGCCAGAGAGCAACAUCGUGAAAUGGUUUUGGAAAGCUGUGGAGCUAUUUGAUGAAGAGAGAAGGGCCCGAUUGCUGCAGUUUGUGACUGGCUCGUCCAGGGUGCCGCUGCAGGGCUUCAAAGCAUUACAAGGUGCUGCUGGUCCAAGACUAUUUACAAUUCACCAGGUUGAUGCUAGCACAAAUAAUCUGCCCAAAGCUCAUACAUGCUUCAAUCGAAUAGACAUUCCUCCUUAUGAAAGCUAUGAGAAACUUUAUGAAAAGCUGCUAACCGCCAUUGAAGAAACAUGUGGGUUUGCUGUGGAAUGAACACAUGUAGGCUUAUCUGGGACUGUAUUUAUAUUCCGUCAAGCAGAAAACCCUCCCUUCAGCCAUGAUACAGUAAAUGCUUGAAAUAUAGGAAGCUCCCCUCUGCCUCUUUUUCUAUUUUUAUGACAUUACUGAGGGAAAGGACAAUUUUUAGAAUUCUUCAUUCAAGAAAAUGUCCUGUAAUUCCUGUCAAGGAAUCAUUCAGCUGCUAUGAAAAACUAGUAUCUUGAACAUACAGAAUGCUGACUUUCCCUUCAUUUCAACAGUUAAGCAGUAUUCUCUUUAAAAGACGACUACUAUUUUUAUAAAAGGGGAUCUGAUCUAUUUGCCUACCUGAUUUCUACUCUCACAUUUCCAGGAUAUAGUUGUUGGUGCAAGUCAUGUUCCAGCUUACUUAAGUAAACAUGUGAAACUGAACCACGCUUAUACCUGCUAUUUUUUUAAAACAGCAUAUUUUGAUGAUUCUAGUCUUUGAAUAAAAUUGGCUAAACACAUCAUUAACCUUUUAAAUUAAGGCCACUUUACUUGUAAAGUGUUUUAUUAUACUGAGUGGUUUUCCUCUGUUCAAUUUCAGUGUGUUUGUGUAAGAAUUUUUAUAUUUCUCAAGCAUUAAUUACAGGUUUUGAAUCCUGUU